GAUGUCACUUCUGGAUGUCCUUCCCUCUCGAUUGAAUCUCUCUCCGUUGGCCAACUCCAUCUCUUCUGAGAGCUCGCCGCUUUGUCACUCAAUCUCGGCAUGUGAUGUAUGGUCAUGUCCGAUCAUUUGGGAAAAGGAAACGAAAGCCGGAGAAUCCUUCCAGUCUCACCGUGACUUUUCCCGGUCUGUGAUUCCUGGCUACGGGAACGAAGAGCCGUCAAUUCGCCACUGGCCAGGGAGAUGGCAUCCCGCCAACUGGACACAUGACAGCUACUUACCCAUCGGCGGUCUCGACGUCCUGUCGAGUAUGCUUUAAAUCCUCGAAAUCUCGGUCCUCAGGUCCCAAGCAUCACCUUCCCGCAUUCACUCACCUCCCUGCACUUCGCAAUGGCUGCAAGGAAAAUUGCUCUAGUCACCGGCGCCAGCCCAGGGCAUCGGGCGCGAAAUCGCGAGGCGCUUGGCCAGCGAUGGGUUCGACGUCGCGCUCAACGACCUCGCGUCCCAAGGCCCCAGUCUCGCGAAGGUCGCUGCUGAGAUCGGACAUAAGGGCCGCUUGUGUACUUCGCACGUUGCCGAUGUCACUGCAGAAUCCCAGGUCAAAGCGAUGGUCGAGGAGGUCGUCGACGUGCACGGAGGACUCGAUGUGAUGGUCGCGAACGCUGGAGUGGCUCCAUGGGGCUCGAUUCUCAAAGUCGAUGCGACAGAAUGGGACCGUGUCAUGGCCGUUAACAUUCGUGGAACUUUCCUGUGCUACAAAUACGCUGGUCGCCAGAUGGUUGCCCAGGGCCGCGGAGGACGGAUAAUCGGCGCCUCAUCUGUUGCAGGAAAGAUGGGCUUCCCCUUUCUGCCGGCGUAUUGCGCUAGCAAGUUCGCGGUGAUGGGCCUGACACAGGCAACAGCCCAGGAACUAGGAAAACACGGCAUCACCGUGAAUGCAUAUGCCCCGGGACCGCUCAAUAGUGAACUGAUGCAAUCUCUUGCUUCCGACAGCCCGCAAGAUACUGGCACAUCCGUCGAGGAGUGGACCGAAUUUAUGCGUAAGAUGAUCCCUAUGGGCCGCUUUGGCGACUUGACGGACAUCUCCGACCUGGUGUCUUUCCUCGCGUCCUCGGGCGCCAAACACAUCACCGGGCAAAACAUUUCAGUCAAUGGAGGGUCGCACUGCAGUUGAAAUUGUUCACGUCUUGUAAACGGCCCGAGUCGCUAGCCCUAUACUUCGUCUCGAUUCGCCACUGUGGUUAAUAUUAAGGAUCAGUUCACAUUCUAACUUGUCCGCCGGGAGUAUCUGCGCGGGAGAGUCAUCUUGGCUUGCGAUGGAACGUAG